AUGCUGCCGCGAUGGACGGCUGACGCGGAGGAUCACGGUGGAAAUGCGCCUAUAUACAAGCCUCCCAUGAUUAUGACGGUGCUACCACCUGAACAUCCGCUAAUUCUCGCAUUAUUUGACGUGUUAACAAUAAUUGAGCGUAUGGGUUACGCUUGGUAA